AUGGCAGUGCAUUGUUCAAGGUAUGUCUUGGUUUUAUUUGUAAUCUAUGCGACGUGGAAAAUUGCUUGGGCAGUCACUCGCUAUUCUAUCCCUGAAGAAAUGGAAGAGGGGUCCGUGGUUGCUAAUUUGGCUGGUGAUUUAGGACUUAGCGCAGGCAGUCUAGUUGAUCGUGAGCUAAAAUUAGACAUUUUGCAUAGUAGAAAAUAUUUUGGCUUUAACAAACAAACGGGAGAUCUGUAUAUUUUGGAAAAAAUAGAUCGGGAAUACCUUUGUCCAUCGAAGACAUCACCAUCGUGUUUUCUUACAAUGGAUGUAACCAUUGAAAAUCCGAUACGACUGUUUAAUAUCGAAUUUGAAAUUUUAGACAUUAAUGACCAUGCGCCUCAUUUUCGAAAAGAAAGCAUGCAUUUGGAUAUCUCGGAAUCUGCGUUACCAGGAGAGCGAUUCUCUUUAAACAAUGCAGUUGAUGCAGAUGUCGGUAGUAACUCCAUUAAAACAUACACGCUGACCGAGAGCGACAAUUUCAAUAUUGAGAUUCACACGGGGAGCGACGGGACUAAAUACGUAGAACUGGUUCUGAUAAAGGCUUUAGACAGAGAACAGCAGAGUGUACAUAAUUUAAUACUCACUGCUGUAGACGGCGGAGUCCCGGCCCGAUCCGGUACUACCAGCAUCAUUGUGCGCGUUUUGGACACGAAUGACAACGCCCCUCAGUUUGACCAGCAGGUUUAUACGGUUAAUAUGACGGAGAAUUCCCCGAUUGGAACACUUUUGUUGAAAUUAAAUGCUACGGACUUAGAUGAGGGCUCAAACGCAGAGAUCGUUUAUUCUUUUACGCUUUAUACGUCUGAGAAGACACAGGAAAUGUUUGUUUUAAAUUCAGAUACAGGAGAAAUAAAAGUGAAAGACAUUAUUGACUUUGAAGAAAUAAAAAUCCUGGAAAUGCAUAUUCAGGCUAAGGACAAAGGACAGCACCCACUGUCUGGACAGUGUACAGUAAUGGUGUAUGUGAAAGAUGUGAAUGAUAACCACCCCGAGAUCACUGUUAAGUCCCUUAGGAGCAGAGUGAAAGAGACGGUUCCUGUAGGCACAGUAAUAGCUCUCGUUGGAGUUAGUGACAGAGACUCAGGCGACAAUGGGAAGGUUGACCUCUCUAUUAGUGAGCAGUUGCCUUUUGUACUCAACAAGUCAUCAGAGAGAGAUUUCGAACUGGUUGUUUCAGAAUCGUUGGACCGUGAGGCAGUAUCAGAGUAUAACAUAAUUUUAACAGUGACGGACAGAGGGACGCCUCCUUUGUCAGAUAAUGAAACCAUCACGUUGGAACUCCUGGAUGUUAAUGACAAUGCGCCACAAUUCCCAAAGUCGUUCUACACCAUCCCAGUGAUGGAGAAUAACGCACCUGGUUCACUGUUGAGUUCAGUCACUGCGUUUGAUCCAGAUUUCAAUGAAAACCAGUAUUUAGUUUAUUUUAUUGUAGAAAGGGAAAUUGUGAACACUUCAAUGUCGAUGCUGUUUUCCAUUAACCCCGAGAACGGUGAUCUUUACGCACUAAAAACUUUUGACUACGAGAGAGAGAAAGAGUUCCUUUUCCACAUUGAAGCCAGAGACUCUGGUGCCCCUCCACUCAGCAGUAAUGUCACUGUCCACAUCAUUAUUCUGGAUCAGAACGACAACACCCCACUCAUAGUCUCUCCAUGGCGGGCGCACGGCUCUGUGGUUGAGGAAGUGAUCCCAAGAUCCACCGACAAAGGGCACUUGAUAGCCAAAGUGAUCGCCAUUGACUCGGACUCUGUGCAAAACUCCCGGGUCACGUAUCAGUUUCUACAGGUUCCAGACGCUACUCUAUUUAGCCUGGACCAGUACAAUGGGGAAAUCCGGACAAUGAGAAUGUUCAGCUACAGAGAUCCACGUCAUCAGCGGCUGGUGGUAAUUGCCAAGGACAAUGGAGAUCCUUCACUUUCUGCUACAGUUACCAUUAAGUUAUCAACGGUGGAGCACGUCAUUAAAGCGUUUUCUGAGACGUCUGAAGUUCCUUUGGAAUAUGACAUAUUUUCAGACUUAAACCUGUAUUUGUUGAUCGGUUUGGGCUCUGUGUCAUUUCUGCUAUUGAUGACAAUAUUGGUGACCAUCGUGCUGAAGUGUCAGAAACCAAAGCCCCCCAAAGCGACCCCUCCCUGCAGAAACAGCGUCGUUAGCCAGAGGAGCUCUACUGUCGCAGAUUCCACCCUGGUGUCCAACGAUGCGUACUGGUACAGCUUGUUUUUAGCGGAGACGAGGAAGGGAAAGGUGGUGGUUAGACAGCCUGUACCGAAGAGUGGUGGGUACAUCGUUUCCAGUAUUCCCAGGAGCACUGGCCUCACAGAGACUAGUGAGUCAGCUGCUUCUACUCUACAGGUAAGAUGCUACUUACUUAAUUAUAUUUUUAAAACGGAAAAAAUACUUAUUCACGUGGUUUAA